AUGGCGGCGGGCUGCUGGCGGUUGCUUUGGUCGCUUCUGGCGGCGCUUGUCCUCCACCGUCGGGCGGCGGCGGCGGCUCAGGCCCAGCGGGUGGCUCUGGUGGACGUGCUGCUGGCGGAGCCGGGCCGCGGCUGGUCGGCACAGUCCGGCUUCAGGUCGAGCAGCAGUUACCGGCUUCAGGGGACAGUGUUAGCGCUGAGCUCGGGCCAGACCCCGCUCCAGGGCGGCCUAGUGCUGGUUAAAGACGAGCAGUCAGACAUCCGGCUGAAGGCUGGCGAGAAUUGGAUUGGAGUUGUUCCGGUUGGCGAGGAGCCGCCUGAGCUGAAGGGGAGCAGUAAGCAGGAGUCCUUUGCUGAAGAAGUCGUUAGCAAGAUGAAGCGAGCUCUUGUCCUGGGAGCAUCAGCCCUGUUGAUUCUGGUUUUAAAUCAAAACGCCAUCACUGAGAUGGACAUUGCUCAAGUCCUGUCUAAACCAGUAGUGAUCAUGCAGAGCUCUGAAAAUGUAACCAAACUGCUGGGAGCCUUAAUCAGUGGUCUUCGUGCUUCAGCGAAAAUCACCUUCAAAAGUAUAAUUCAGGACAACCUGGGGGUGACUCUGACACUGUGGUCAACGUGUGGCCGUUCUCGAGGGGGUCUGUAUGGGGAAUGGCAAGGCGUGAUCUGUACAGGGGAGAACAGCUCGCAGGUCCAGAAGUAUCUCCAGCAGCUGUGGAACACCAUCUUGCUCGUGGGUUUAAUUCUGUGCACUGGAGUCAUCGUGCAGGCCCGCUGGCAAUACAGGCAGUAUGAGCUGAGUGCCGAAGAUGCAGAGAUAAGCUUGAAACAACAAAUCUUGAAGAGGCUUUCAGCCCUGAAAACCAGGAAAUAUCACCCCAAUAAAAGGUGUAAAACACGGGUGCAAGAGCUGGAGAACUGCGCUGUGUGUUUGGAGGAAUUCUAUAAAAAUCAGAUGAUGCACUUGUUGGGGACAGCUGAACGGUUAUUCUUCACUCAAGAUGAGAAGAAAACAGGAGAGACACAACCAGACAUUUUGUAUCGCACUUUAUUUUCUGUUCCGCACAACCAAUGUAACGUUGGUGGCAAUCAAGCUGAUUUUAUGACCACUCCUGGGGAGUGAUUCUUUCCCAUGUUAACUUUGUUUGGAUUCAAAGAGAGUCAGGACAGCGUGAAUCUGAAUCAAACGUCACAUUCUCCUCCUGAAUCGAUCGGUCGUCUCGAUCGGUGAAAAGACUCGGUCGUUAGACGGUAGUUGUUAAACUUGAAUUGGAGUUAGCAGUGCUCCGUAUGAUCCCAAAAUGUUUACAAAUGUUCUACAUCUGACGGUUACAACGUUCUUCCCACACCCUCCACCCCCAGCAUAGUACAUAGUGAGAAAUAUCAAGAGUGCAAAUUUCUGUUGUUUCCAGGCAGGAGGGAGAACCUCAUUCACACCUGCAGUUUCUGUCAUUAUUGUAUCCAUGAUGGACAGUUUGGGGAACCACACAGUUGAACCCUUUCGCUGCUAGGCUUUUAAGAACAGUUGUGCGACUAGUUGAAAAAGCACUGUGGCCACCAAGUUGAAGGAAUAUGAGUGUUUUUCCCCGCCCUGGUGAAGCCGUGAUCUCUCGUGCGGCCAGGUUAUAGAUGCGCAGUGCGGUCAUACACCGCAAAAAGUUGUGGCACUGAGAAUUUUCGUCAAUUUCCAAAGGCCGUGAGACGAACUUCGGCCAGAUCGCCUGUGUGAGAAAUCUCAUCCCCGGAAUUCUGGAUUGAAUUCAAUCCAUAGAGCUUUCAGUCACUGCACCCCGUGAUCUGAUAGAAUGACGG